UACUUUAUUCAUUCCCCCCGAAGGACCGUGCUUUUUACAGUAUAGUGUCCCUGUCACUAUACUGGGGCAUUAGGACCCACACAGACUGCAGGACGAAAAUCAAUGACUCAGUGUGGUGAAUGGAGUUUCUGUUGAAUCAUUUGCCUUUGACUCUGAGUCACCGCGGAGAGAUGACGCGUCAGUUUGGCUCCGCCUCAUAGACUGCUCCGCCUUUUGUGCGUAAAAGUCUUGAGCCUUCGGUCACAUCAGACACAACACGGAGUCAUGGAUCAGCAGCACAGUAACGGUGACGUCCGGACGCCUGCGGCGGACAGUCUGGAGUUCAAACUCCUGAUGGCAUACACCCGCAAGAGACGACCCACCGACACCCGUCUGCCACAGAACGUCCCGUCUUCACCACAGCUGCCUGAAGAACACGGCAAACCAAAGAAAAAUAAAAGAAAGAAGAGACUGUCGUCUCUCUUAAAGUGUAUUAAACCACAGACAGAUGAUGUACGUGUACGAGAGCCAGCAACAUUUUUCAGCGAUGGGAAAGUGAAGAAGAUGGAGAACAUGGUCAGUGAGCUGACAGAGCUAUCAGACUCUGUGCACUUCACUCCCUGUGAAAUAGAACCGGACGGGGCAGAAGAUGAGGAGUCUGAUGUUGCGAGAAAGCUGGCCGAGCUCCUUAGAGAACAAGGUGAUGAACUGAAUGAAAAGAUUAAGGCAGACAAGGUCUUGCUUGAAGCACUGCAGUCCUCGCUCACAUACGGCUUCUUCAUGAAAGUGAUGGAAGCUUUCUGUGGAAGUGUCUCACCAGACGUGCCUCCAGAGCAGAAAGACAAGAAAGUCAAUGUGGCUCUGGUCUGUGAAGCCACCAGUCAGCUUGUUGGCGUCCAUUAUCAUCCAGUGACCUACGUGAUGGGCUUAGGUGCCCGGUAUCUACAGGAAAAAUACUCCACGUGGAUUAGCAGAAACAUGGAUGUAGGCAAUGGAGAAGUUGGUGAUGAAUCCAAAGAGGAAGUCCAGUGAGCAGAUGAGAUGCUCUCCUCGCAUUACAACAUCUUUCUCAGGGGCACAGGCACUUUAUUAACCUGAAAAAGUGGUUUUGUUCGGUGAACCAGCAAUGAUAUCUUGUUUUUGUUCUCCAUUACAUCCUCAUAGCAUCCAAGAGAAAAAAAAGAGGUAGUUCAUAGUGCCAAAUCUAA